AAGUAGGGGGAGGAGAAAGAAGAGGAAUUGGAGAAGGGGGAGGCGCGGCGAGCAGCUCAGCAGCCACGGAGGUUGUUCUCCGGAGACUAGGCUUGCGGCCCUUUCCCCGCCUUCUUUUCCUUCCCCUCCCAGUGAAUGAUUCAAGCCGUGCGCUUCCCACUUCCGCCCCCUCCGCCUGCCGUUGGAACUAGCAAAGCCGAACGAGUUGCGGCCGUCGAACAGCUGGCGCUCCCCUUCCUCCUCGGCGCCUCUUCUGUCCUGUCUUCAUCCCUGGCCGCCGCCGCAGCCGCCGCCGCCCGGAGGCCUAGAGACCGCCGCGCCCGCACCCCACGCCGCGGCCGACAUGAGCUUCUUGUUUGGUAGCCGCUCCUCUAAAACAUUUAAACCAAAGAAGAACAUUCCAGAGGGUUCUCACCAGUAUGAACUCUUAAAACAUGCAGAAGCCACACUUGGUAGUGGCAACCUCCGGAUGGCGGUCAUGCUUCCUGAGGGGGAAGAUCUAAAUGAAUGGGUUGCAGUGAACACUGUGGAUUUCUUCAAUCAGAUUAAUAUGCUUUAUGGAACAAUCACAGAUUUCUGUACAGAGGAAAUUUGUCCGGUGAUGUCAGCUGGCCCAAAAUACGAGUAUCACUGGGCAGAUGGAACAAACAUAAAGAAGCCUAUUAAGUGCUCUGCGCCAAAGUAUAUUGAUUACCUGAUGACUUGGGUUCAGGACCAGUUGGAUGAUGAGACAUUGUUUCCAUCAAAAAUUGGUGUCCCAUUCCCGAAGAAUUUCAUGUCUGUGGCAAAAACUAUACUCAAACGCCUCUUUAGGGUUUAUGCUCACAUUUAUCAUCAGCAUUUCGAUCCUGUAAUCCAACUACAGGAGGAAGCGCAUCUCAAUACAUCUUUCAAGCACUUUAUUUUUUUUGUCCAGUGCAGAAUCCUGAGGAAUCUUGAGAAUUCGAAAUUUGAAUCUGCUUUCCUGGUCACUUUUAAGGUACAUUUGUUAAGGAAUUCAACCUUAUUGAUAGAAGAGAACUUGCACCACUCCAAGAACUGAUUGAAAAACUCACCUCAAAGGACAGAUAAAAGGACACAGAGCUGUGCAAAUUCUUCCUCAAAUGAAGUGUGUGGAGUGUAUUUGGA